AUCACUACGCAUGUCCAGAUUUGAGUAUUUGUUUACUUGUGUGAUAUGUGCGUAUGACUUCUUUCCUAAGCUAGUUCAUAAUAUUACUUUGCGAUUGCGACCAACAUCUGCUGCUAUGGCAGCCGCAGCACCGACCCCAGAGGACACAAACCGAGGCGGUAACACUGGAAGCGGCACAGCUGGGACGCUCGCGGCGGAUGGAGAAUCUGAAGAGGCUGAGGAAUUUUCGUCGUCGACCCACUGCUCUGAGCUCUCUCGUCGGCAAAACGAGCAGAGGAAGGCCGGUUUGUUCUGUGAUGUAACGUUGGUAUUCAGUUGCGGAGCAUCCAGUGACACGGUACAAAGUUUUGAACUGUCUGCCCAUCGCUCGGUUCUCGCCGCAGCUACAGACUAUUUCUCUCCCCUACUGGGAGGACAGUUUUCGGAGUCGCUGUCUGGCCGGGUGAACAUGAAAGAAUGGAGUUCUGAAACAGGGCCAGAUCCAGAGACAGUUGAAAGCGUCAUGCAGUUCAUAUACACAGGAGAAAUACGUGUCAGCACUGCCAAUGUGCAUGAGGUACUGGAACUUGCAGACAGAUUCCUGCUGGUGCAGCUGAAGAACUUUUGUGGCGAGUUCCUGAAGAAGAAAUUGAGCUUGACCAACUGUGUAGCCGUGCACAGCCUAGCUCAUAUGUACACUUUGGACCAGCUAGCACUGCGGGCUGCUGACAUGAUAAGACGCAACUUCCACAAGGUCAUCCAGGAUGAUGAAUUCUACACCCUGCCUUUCCACCUGGUCAGGGACUGGUUGUCUGAUGCGGAGAUCACUGUGGACUCAGAGGAAGUGCUGUUCGAGGCUAUUGUCAAAUGGGUGCAGCGCAAUGGUGAAGAGAGGGAUAAAUAUUUUGAGGAGCUGUUUCGACUCCUCAGGCUUCCACAGAUCAUGCCCACCUACCUGACACGGGUGGUCAAGAAGGAGCCUCUGGUGGGUAAUAACUCUGCGUGCUUGCAGCUGGUGUCAGAUGCCGUUGAGGGCCAUGCCAUUCGCUUAGAAAACCUCAAAUCAGCGGACCUCGAAUUCUGGGCCAAUUACAUGGCGGCUUUCCAGCCACGCUUUGGACAGAACAUGGACGUUAUCAUGGUGGUCGGCGGAGUGUCCGAGGGCGGUGACUACCUGAGUGAGUGCGUGGGCUACUUUGUGGCUGAGGAUCGCUGGGUCAACCUUCCGCACAUCCAUAAUCACCUUGACGGUCAUGCUAUAGCAGUAACAGACUCCCAUGUCUAUGUUGCGGGCUCCAUGGAACCAGGCUUUGCCAAGACAGUGGAACGCUACAAUCCAAACCGCAACACCUGGGAACAGGUGAGCAACUUGACCACCCGCAAGCACUCUUUUGGCCUAACCAGCAUCAAGAACAUCCUUUACAGCAUCGGGGGCCACGGAAACUUCAGCCCGGGGUUCAAGGACGUGAGCGUGUACGAGCCCGAGCAGGACAAGUGGCUCAACCUGGAGUCGGCGCCCAAGAUCUUACGGGACGUGAAGGCGGUGAGCGUGGAGGACCGCUACGUCUACGUGACGGCUCGCACGCCGGUCGACACGGACAACGAAGACGGGCUGAAGACGGUGACGACGCGCUACGACACGGAGAGCCGCCAGUGGCAGGAAGUGGACUCCCUGCCCCUCAUCGACAAUUACUGCGUCUUCCAGAUGGCCGUGGCGCCUACCAACUUCUACCACACGGCCUCCUGCUGCCCCAAGAGCUACGGUGUGCAAGACGAAGCGGCGAAGCAGAAGAUCAGCGCCCGCAUCUCGGACGACAUCCUGGAGAGCCUGCCGCCAGAGGUCACCAGCAUCGAGGGCACCGCCAUCUGCUACCUGGGCGACGACGUCUUCAUCAUCGGCGGCUGGAAAAACAGCGACGACGUCGACAAGCAGUACCGCAAGGAGGCCUACCGGUACUGUGCAGAGAGGAAGCGCUGGAUGCUGCUGCCGCCCAUGCCUCAGCCCCGCUGCAGGGCCACCGCCUGCCACGUCCGCAUCCCCUACCGCUUCCUGUACGGCUGCCAGCGCUACCCCAUGCCCCAGAACCUGGCUCGUCAACGGGAUCGCAUGCAGCAGAUGCAGCAGCUGCACCGGCGUACCCUCACCUUGCGCAGGCAACUGCAGUCGCAGAUAGAGUGCUGAAUUCCCUUUCAUUACCUCUAGAGGGCAGCAUUUCUCACAGCACCAAAUUCACAUUCUUUGUUUAGCUAGGACUGUGCCCUUUCUGUGCCACCGGAUGUUGUUUUUUGUUUUCAAGUGAAGAAAUGUAUGGGGUUGAAUUUGCUCAGGUCUGUAGGAAGGGAGAGUGACUUUAAAUAAAAAAUGUUUAUAGAAUUGUGAAUGAUCCGACAAUAAAAAAUUUAAAUAUUUACAUAUUUAUUGAAAUGAUGUUUCCAAUCCUGAAUGAUCGAGCUUGCUUUUUGGCCUUACAUACUUACAUAUGCUUACCUUGAUCCUCUUAUUCUGUUGUCGGUUUGACAGUUCCAUUCCGGCUGAACGUGGAUUCAUUGGUAUUACAUUUUGUUCACUGUGAUGGCCUACAUGACUUAAUGCUCUUCUUUAAUGUUCUCUGAGAACAUGCCAGAACAUAGUGUGGCCAAACAAGUCCAUAUUGCUUCUUUACAGUGAAGAGAAUGGGCUUUAGAUGAUUCUUGUAAAUUACAUUGUACUGUUAAACAAUGUUUUCCAGUAGAGCUGACGGUUGCAAUAGCUGAUGCAAUUCAGGCGUUGUGUACAAUUGGUUAAGAUCGUUUGCAUGUUUGUACCUAAUCGGAAACCAAGGGUGGAACUUUUGUGACUAGUACAGGAAAUAUCUGAACUAGAAGAGUAAAUAUGUUAGUGUUAUGCCAAUGUGUGAAAUGGGUAUAGGUUUGAGAACUAAGCUUUAAUAUUUGUCCUCCCCCCUAACCCAAAUAGUAAAUUCCUUCAUGGCCUUCUUUGCACUACAUAUUUAUAAUGAGGAAUGUGCUUUAUGAUUUGUGGUUUAUCUUUAAUAUGAAUAAAAAAUAUAUAAAAUAAUAAUAAAAUAACGCAUAGCACAUACAAU